AAGCUUUUUUUGUAGUGGCUACAUAAUUCCAUUUUUGAUGAGACUUUCUGACUGUAUCCAAGUUUAUGAUAAGCUAGCAACUGAUAACCGCUGAAGAGUAGAAAUUGAUUUGCCAUGCCUGUCACCAAAAACAAGAACCCGGGAAAAGACACAGCAGUACAGGGCACAAAUGACAGCAGUGUGGUAAGCAAAGUGUCCGCUGCAGCUCAAGGCUACUUUAAAGAUGAACUUCUUCAACAUUUUGUGUCUAAGGUGUCACGAAGAACUGCUCUUAUUAACAGGGGCUAUUAUGUUCGCUGGAAAGCUGUAGACCACUGUGUGAAACAGUUUCUGUGUGCUACUAACACCUGUGCUAGAAGACAGAUCCUGUCACUGGGUGCUGGCUUCGAUUCCCUCUAUUUUCGACUGCAUGCAGAGGAAGCUCUGCAGAAUGUUAUCAUAUUUGAGGUGGACUUCCCUGAUGUCGCCAGACGCAAGGCUGCAUUAAUUAAUGGCAGCAAUCUUCUGAAAGCAACUAUAUCAGAUUGGGACCACUUAGCACAGACUGGCCCAGCAUACGUGAGCAGUGUUCAUUAUAAGCUACUAGGUGUGGAUCUUAGAAAGGAAAAAGAGCUUGAAGAUGUUCUACAUAGAGCUGGACUACACUGGAACUGUCCUACUCUUGUUCUUUCCGAGGUGGUGCUCACCUAUAUGGAAACACAGUGGUCAGAUGCUGUAAUUGGGUGGGCAGCAAGGAACCUCCCACAGGCUAUGUUUGUGAUGUAUGAGCAGAUCCGCCCAAAUGAUCCCUUUGGAAUCGUUAUGCAGAACCACUUCCUGAAACUCAACUCCAAAAUACAUGCGCUCUGCCAAUACCCAAACACCUUCGCACAGACCCAGAGAUUUCUGCAAAAGGACUGGGAGGAAUGUGUGUGCAUGGAUAUGAACCAGUUCUUUUUCAGUCUUUUAACGGAUGAUGAGAGAGAAAGAGUAGAGAAGUUGGAACCUUUUGAUGAAUUUGAGGAAUGGCAUCAGAAGUGCUCACACUAUUUUAUUCUCACCGCCUCCAAUGGCUCUCUGACCAGACAAGCACUUCUCACUCUUCCAUCAGAGACCCCCAUUCCUCUGAUAAAACUUACUCUGGACCAGUACUCCAUGUCUGUGCAGCUCAUGACUGAAAGUCAAUGUGUGGAGGCUGUAGGAAUGGCCUCUUCAAUGCUGGAACCCAGGUUGCUGCUCCUCACAGGUGGUUGUGGGAGACAAGGUCGAAACUCUACAGCUAUGCUUCUGAUGAGAGAGCAUGCGGGCUGGAGACAUGCUGUUAUAGAACCUGAGGGACAGAAAUGUGUACGACUAUAUCACACAAUGACCUCUGUCCCUGGAGGUGGUGCUGUCAUUCUGGGUGGUAGAACCUCUCCACUUAACCCCAUUGAUAGCAUACUAAAAGUCACAUGUAGCCUGAGAGACAAGCAUAACCCAAAAGUGUUGGUGUCCAUAAAUGAGAUGGUUUGUACCGGCCCUGCCCCAAUACCAAGAUGGAGGCAUACAGCUACCUUGCUGAUUUUUGAGGACAGGAACUAUUUAUUUGUGUUUGGAGGUCGUACUGAAAGAGAGCUUGUUCUAGGUGAUUCACACUUUCUCAGUUUAGAAGACCAGCACUGGGUGAAUAUUCCACUUGAAGGCUGUUUCCCAAAGCCACGUCACUCUCACUCAGCAUGUCCUUAUAAAGGAGGACUGGUAAUGUUUGGAGGUCUGGGCAAAGGAGGUGUCCCACUAGGAGACAUUUUCUUGCUGAAGCCCACAUGCAUAGGCUUCUGCUGGGAAAGACUACAUGUACAUCCUGCCCUGGUACCAAGGUAUUCUCACACAGCCCAUGUGAUUGGUGAGAAUCUUGUGGUAGUUGGUGGAGUCUGGCUACAGUCAGCUGGUGUACCAGGAGUUGCUAUAAUAAACCUGAUUAGCAGAAACUCUGUUGAAAUCAGUAUUGAUACGUCUUCUGUCCCCUGGCCCCUCAUGCUGCAUUCUUUCUGCUCAGAGCUGCUGGAUUCUGAGGGGACUGAGGUGGUUCUCAUUGGUGGUGGGGGAUCCUGCUUCUCCUUCGGCACCCACUUUAACGCUCAGCCUGUUACUCUGGACCUGAGCCCCAUGCUUUGUAACAAAGCACCUUUGGAUUCGUAGUAGUUUUUUCAUCUGGCCAUCUGGAAACUCUACUUUCUUUGCACUCAUGGAUAGGAAGUAGGAUAUAAAAAGGUUCUGGCCACUAUGACCCAGACCAAGAUAAAAUGAUUAAUGAAUAUAAAUGAAAGAAUAAAUCUACGAUAUGCUACCCGAGCACCAAAGCUCGCUGUUAGUACCAUGUUGAACCACAAUGGUGUGCAAUAAUCAGACACAGACACCAACUUGACUAGCCAGCCAGAACAGAACAGGAUGACAGUCCUCAGUGGCCUAAAAUGCCUAACCUGCAAAGUCCACUUUAUCACAGAGUUGCACCUUGUACUGAGUUUCACUAGUCUACAAGGGAAGCACAUGUUUGGGAGGAUUGGUAGGUAGAAAACGAAAGAAAAGGAGGGAAGGGAAUACAUGGAAAGAUAUAAGAUGCCUGACCAUAUGGUUGUUGUUUUUUUGCCUUCUUUUUUGGAGCUUUAAUAAAGUUGUUUUAAUUUUCA